GCUUUGCCUUCUGGGGACCUAAACGAAAAAUUUUUUAACAGACACACACACACACACACACACACUGUUAUUUUCUUUGUUUUCUGACUUAGAAAAAGGAGAAGAAGGCCAACAAAUAAACAGACGGCACCGAAUCGAUGCAGGCGAGGUGACACGCAACGCUUUCGGCUAAGCUUAGCCACGUUAUUCCUCCAUUCAAUUCAAUUCAUUUCGGACCUUCCUCACAUACGCCGUCGUUUUGCUGUCGCGAAGCUGCCCUGCGAUUUUGAUUUUUUGAAUUUUUUUUUUUUUUUGGGUCAAGGGAGGUCCGUCACCCACAUGUCUAUUAUGUCUGAUUCUUCUUCUUCUUUGCAUUUUCCGAUCCGAUCACCAUAACCCUAUCACCGAAUCACACACAUACAGAGAGAGAGAGAGAGAGAGAAUUGGGAAAAAAAUAAAUUUCUUGUUUUUUUCGAUUUUCCUGGAAAGUAUGCUAUCGGAUGAUCAUUUCUGAUCAUUACAGUAGAAAAAAAUAGACAGAGAAAUUGACAGAGAAAAAAAAAGUAGAGAGGAUGCAGAGACGGAGUCCACCGAAGCACAGACACGAUGGGACUUCGCCCCUGCCGCUUGGGAUGGAUUGGAGCCCUCCCCCUAAAAAAUGGAAUGGACCAGAUACUGUUUGGCCACAUGAUCCUCGCACAGGAUGGAGUUACUGUGUUACUAUACCUUCCUGGGUUGUCCUUCCAAAAUCAAGAGAUUCAGAUCCUGUAGUGUUCUACAGGGUUCACGUUGGUUUACAAUCACCAGAAGGAAUUACAACAACACGCGGAGUAUUAAGAAGAUUCAAUGAUUUCUUAAAGUUGUUCACUGAUCUUAAAAAGGCAUUUCCUAAGAAAAAUCUCCCACCAACUCCACCCAAGGGACUUUUGAGAAUGAAAACCCGGGCUCUCUUGGAAGAGAGGAGGUGCUCUUUGGAGGAGUGGAUGACAAAGCUGCUGUCUGAUAUUGAUAUAUCGAGAAGUGUUGCAGUGGCGUCUUUCCUUGAACUUGAAGCUGCUGCUAGGUCUUCUUUCCAAGAUGAAAAUCAACACACUUCAGAAGCAAAUUCACUAUUAUCGCCAAAUAAUCCAAGCUUACCUACCAUUAUCGGUGGUUCAUCAGUCUCUCUGGAUAAUGGAAGUGAUACUGCUUAUGAGACAUCUGAGGUAGGGACUCCAAGGCUAGGAAGGGAUGACAAUUCUGAGAUUGGAGUGGAAGAUCUUACAUUAGAUGAGGACUUAACUGGUCGCAUAGAGAAGCUUGUGAAGUAUGGUAUGUCCAACAUUGAUGAGGGACUGUUUAUGGGACAGACUAUUUUAGAGCAGUUAGAAGGCCUUCCUAAGAAUAAAGUGCAUGGCAGGCAUGUCAACAAUGCUACAGGGAAGAAUAUAUAUAAUGGAAAUGCUUCUAAAAGUUCAUUUUUAGCUGGUAGUGUGAUGGAACUUCUCUCUGAGUCGGAGCAUAACAAAUUAAUUGGUCAUGCUCGCAAGCUCUCAAAUGAGAGUGUCGGAAGUGAUGUAAGUUCCUUAAGAGGAAGUGAAAUGUCCAAUUAUGGUAUUCCAAAUUCAUCAGGCAAUGGCUCUCUUGACCUUCUUGGAGUUGCUGAGGUUUCAAGCAGCAUGGAAAGUCUUGGCAACUCAUUGUUGCAUACUUCAGGUGGUUCUCAGGUAGUCCUUCCAUUGGAUCAGCGCCCUAAAAUGAACAGGGUUCUCUUGACCAUGCAGCGAAGACUAGUAACAGCAAAAACUGAUAUGGAGGAUCUUAUAGCAAGAUUAAAUCAAGAAAUUGCAGUAAAGGAUUAUCUUUCGACGAAGGUCAAGGAUUUGGAAGUGGAAGUUGAAACUGUUCGACAGAAAAGUAAAGAAAACCUUCAGCAAGCUAUAUUGGUUGAGAGAGAAAGAUUUACUCAAAUGCAGUGGGAUAUGGAAGAACUUCGUCGGAAAUCUUUGGAAAUGGAGUUAAAAUUAAAGUCCAAGUCUGAGAAGGAAGAGAAAUCAUAUACAGAAUCAAUGAUGAAUUCAACCGUUGAGGAGAAAGACAUGUUGCUGCAGGAAUUAGAUUCUUCAAAAGAUCAGCUUGAGAAUUUGUUGAGGCAAUACGAAGAGCUAGAAGCAAAAUCAAGAGCAGAUCGAAAAGUCCUUGUUAAAGAAGUUAAAUCUCUUCGAAACUCCCAAACAAAAUUGGAGCACGAGCUCGAUAAAUCACAGAAGGAAAAAUUUGAAGCUGAGAAACUCCUCCAACAGGCAAAGCAAAAUAGCAGCCAGGCUGAAACAGCUAGGAAAAAGCUGUUGCAUGAAUGCAAGCUUCUUCAUCAUGGGCUACAAGAAUGCAAUCUCAGUUUUCCUAGUGAAGACGAAGAGAAAUCCAUUUUCUAUUCUUCCUCAUUUGCUGAUGCUUUAGAUUUGUUGGCAACAUCUGAUGACCGAAUUAGCCUCCUGCUUGCAGAGGCUGAGCUCUUGGCUCAAGAUAAUGGAGCAGCGACUUCUGACCUUGAAGAAGGCUGUGACAUGGUCAAUGAUGCAAUCAGAGCUGACGACGAGUUGAGGAAGGUGCUAGCCGAUAUCAUAGUUGACAAUGCUAGGUUAAGAAAACAGGUGAACUCUGUCAUACGUCAUGCUCUUCAAACAGACAUGUCUAAUAAAGAUGAGGAGGCCUUCCCAAGGAAAAAUUGUACUAAAUGAGGCCUUGGAAAGAGGAAACAGGGAUGAAUCUAGUUUUUUUCAGUAUGGUUGGGACCCUUUUGUUAUCCAAACGAUUCUGGUCUUGAUCAUCUUCUGUUUCACAAUGUAGAUCUCACUAAACAAAAAAAGCUACUUGUAAGUGAUUGGUACAUGCAUACACGAAGUCUUCAGAAAAUCUGCCAUUUAUAACCUGGUGUAUUUCUCGUUAUCAUUUACAUAAAUAAUGGGAAGAUAUAAGAGAAAGGAAGUAAUAAAAUUGAAUAC